UCAUCCAAAGUUCUUCCCUUUUAUGCACAUAACGUUCACAUUGACCUUUUAGAAAACAUACCCAUUUUUUUGUUCUAAAUUUUAAAGCUUCUGAAUUGGGGUAGCAGCUAAAAAUAGGAAAAAGAAAGAAAGUAGAAAAGAGGUAUGAAUGCCAUAAAAGAUACAGUUUCUGAGAAGCUUUCACGUCUUUUUUCUGAUUCUCCUUCUAAAUCUUCUGAUCAACAACCUCCUGAUCAGGCCAGGCCAUACACCAAAGAGGGUAGAUCUUUAUCAUCUAUACUUUCUUUCUUUCUACCAUCGACAAAUUUUGUUAAGCUCAGAGAUCAAAAUGAUGUCAAGUCACUUCAAUCUCAUUCUUUUACGUGGAGAAGUAAAAGUUUCUCAUGGCGCGAUAGACCUUUGGAAAGAUACACAGAUUGUGAUGAUCAUGACGAUUACAAAGAGAUGCCAAACGAACCAUUCUAUACACCUAGAUGUAAUGGAGAACCUAAUUCUGCAAGGAGUGUCGCCAGUGGUUUCGAAGCUUUUGAAGAUGUUCCUGAUGGAGACAAUUUAGAGCAAUCCGUGCCUAAUCUCAUUGAUGAUUCUGUUUUCAUUUCUCCGGGCUUGUAUGAUUUUUUCCAGUCUUCCCUCCCUAAUAUAGUGAAAGGUUGUCAAUGGGUCUUGUUAUAUAGCACUGCGAAACAUGGUAUAUCACUUCGUACUCUAAUUCGCAAGAGCGCUGAUACUUCUGGUCCUUGCUUACUGAUUACUGGUGAUAAGCAAGGUGCUGUAUUUGGUGGGUUGCUUGAGGCACCACUCAAGCCUACCGCGAAGAGGAAGUACCAAGGAACAAUUCAAACAUUUGUAUUCACAACUGUAUAUGGUGAACCAAGGCUAUUUAGACCUACGGGUGCCAACAGAUAUUUUUACUUGUGCAUGAAUGAUUUCCUGGCACUUGGAGGCGGUGGACAUUUCGCGUUAUGCUUGGAUGGAGAUCUGUUAUCUGGCAAUAGUGGACCUUGUGAUACAUUUGGGAACUCGAGCUUGGCACAUAAUGAAGAGUUUGAGUUGAAGAAUGUUGAGUUGUGGGGUUUUACACAUGCAUCUCGGUACCUUACCUCGUAGCAAGCUUGAAAUGUUAUUUUUCUUUUUUACCUGUUAAAAAUUAGAAAUAUGAUUAUUUAUUCUUUCAUGUCCAAGAAGCAUUCGUCUCCAUUUUGAUCUUGGAGUGUUCCUGCUGUACAUGGACAAGUUGUAUUAAGAAAUGAGAUUCUAGUUAGUGUAGAUUAAAUUAGCUAAUCAUUAUGAUUGUAAGUACUCAUUCUUCUUGUUUAUAACAUUAUGGAUCCUUCUAGCCUGCAAAGGCUCUUCUAAUCAUACAAAAUACAGGUUUUAGCA